AUGCCAUUUGUAAAUGGCGUGCCGCAAGGAAGUGGGGAUAAUCUCACCGAUGGAUGUCCAUCUUCUGGAAGAGUACUAGCAAUCGCAGGGUGCACCAAUUCGGGUAAAACUACUAUCGCGAAAAUAUUGGCUAAGAUGUUUGAAGAGGAUGAGGCUACUGUGACAAUUGUUCAUCAGGACCUGUUCUACUACUCAAGUGAAAAGUUUGAAAAGACACGUAGAAAAUGCGCCAGUAACCCAGAUUUUUUCUACAACUACGACGUGAAAACCUCCGUGGACCACGAAAAGCUAAUCAACACAAUCAAAGCGGGAAUGCUUGCUUAUGAAUAUGUCAUCGUUGAAGGAAACAUGCUAACAGAAUGGACAGAUGUCAUUGAACUAUGUGAUCGUGUGAUCUUUCUGACCCUCGAUCAGGAUACGUGUCGUCGGCGUCGCAUCAAACGUAGUUACGAUCCGCCGGACAUCCCUGGUUACUUUGAAGAGGUGCUUUGGCCAGCGUAUCUGCAACAUCUGCAAAAAGCGCUUGCGAUUGCAAGAGAAGAUCGUCGUAUAUCAUUUUUGGAUGUGGCAUCCGAUACGGAUCAUCCCGAUGCAGAGCAUAUGCUAGCGUUACUUCAGUCCUUUUCAAAUGAUAUUAUCCGAAUCUGCUACGAAACUCUUGAUAUUGACGACGUACUCCGAAUGGUAAACAGCCCCUCGUGCGGAGCUACAUCGGUGUUCGUUGGAACAACACGUGACACGUUCAAUGGAAGAAGGGUCGUCAGGCUUGAUUAUGAGAGCUACGACGAAAUGGCGUACAAAGAAUUACGCAAACUAUGCAAAACAAUCCGCAAUAAAUACCCAUCUGUGGAACGGAUCGUCAUAAUACAUAGGAUUGGCGAAGUAGCUGUUGGUGAAGCUUCUGUUGUGAUAGCAACUGCGUCGCCGCAUCGAAAGGAUGCAAUAGAGGCGACUGAAAUGGCUAUCAAUGAGCUGAAACGGGUUGUUCCCAUAUGGAAGAAGGAGGUGUACGAAGAUGGUGGCUGUUCGUGGAAAGAAAAUGGCGAGUGGUGUACAAACAAUCGGGGCGGUGGGUCUAUGGAAGAGAAGAGCUUUGCUGAGGCCAAUAGAACGAGGGAUGCGAAUCGAAAAGUGUUUUGGUUGAAGCAAAUGGUGAAACAAAUGAAUGUGAAACAAUCGUGACGAUUUUGCGACAAUUAGAGAAGUGUUGCCUAUUUAGUUAUUGCUAUACCAGUGCGUCACCUCUGCUUCGCAGAGGCUCACACUGCCCUACUUUCUGAUGCUUUACUCAUUCCCGCACAAAAGUCGCAAUGAAACUCACCGCGCUAUGCCUACUAUCACGAAUGCUUUGUAAACAACUAUUCAUUCUAAAAGCUUUUCCAUAUGAGAUCGGUAAUUUCGCGUGAAUGAAACUUCUCCCAAAG